UAUUUGUUGGACCCAUGCCCCUAAUGUGAGGCACCUUUUUCACAGUUAGUCCAAUGGUGCGGGGUAGAGCUUCACGUGGAAGGGAUCAGCUGAUGGUUCCUGUUUGUACCGACAAGCAGGAUCUUCUUACAACCACCUCCUCUCGGAUCUCCCCUUGUCACUGGCCGGGCACUGUCCCUCCCCUCUGGGAUCGUCUCCUGGCCUGCAAUGCUCUCUUGCUGCACUGCAGCCAGGGUUUCCCCCGGCCCUCACCUCGCUGACCUGCAGUCUCUGCGCUACUGGAGCAGGCAGCCCCCUCCCAGCGCUGCAGCCUAUCCCGUCCCAGCAAAGUCGUUCCCGCUCUGCGGCCAGCCCUCUUGGCCCGGGACUGCCCCUGUCCGCCUUCGCUGCUCCCUCCCCCGGCGCGGGCCCUGCCUCUGGCGGGAGGAGGCGAGGGCAGCGAGUUCCUUUAAGGUAGGUGCAGGCGGGCUAUGGUCUGACUCUGCCACUCUUGCGCCGCUUGGCUGAGUCGCAUGCAAGCCCCGAGGCUUUGGCUGCGCUCAGUGAUCGUUUCACGCUAAGGCAGCGGGCUGCCCCGGCGCUGGGAACCUUCACCCUCCCCAAACUUCAACUUGCUGGAGCGAUGGCCAGCCGGAGCACUGGGGACCUGAUUUAAUUCUGGCGGGAUCAGAGCUGGGAGUCGGUUGUUUGCUCUCCUCUUUCUGCUGCUAUCCGCUUCUCCGGGGAAGAGCGAAGGUUGUACCUCUGCAGGACAGGACAGACACAGCAUGAAGGUCGAGUUUGCUCCCAUCAAUAUUCCCCUGGCCAGGAGAAUUCAGACAGCUGCAGUGAUUCAAUGGCUCUUCUCCUUCCUCUUACUAGCACAGUGUUGCUGGGGAGUCUUUAUCAUCUUGCUUUUGGGAAACUACUGGUUCCUACCUGUCCUCUAUGCACUGUGGCUCUAUCUUGAUUGGGAGACCCCUGAAACUGGAGGGAGAAGAUCAAAGUGGGUCAGAAGCUGGACUGUUUGGAAGUACUUUACGGAUUACUUUCCAAUUCAUCUCAUAAAGACGUCAGAUUUGGAUCCAAGCCAUAACUAUCUGUUUGGAUUUCACCCUCACGGUAUUCUUGUUGCUGGAGCCUUUGGAAACUUUUGCACAGAUUAUACAGGUUUUAAAGAAUUAUUCCCUGGUUUUACUCCAUAUCUUCACAUCUUGCCCGUUUGGUUUGGAUGCCCUUUCUUCAGAGAUUACAUUUUGAGUACUGGACUGGUGUCAGCCUCCAAGAAGAGUGUGUCGCAUGUGCUGAAUAAUGACAGAGGUGGAAACAUUACAGUGAUUGUGAUUGGAGGAGCAGAAGAGUCUUUGGAUGCCUAUCCCGGAAGUUUAACUCUGAAUAUCCUCAAGAGGAGAGGUUUUAUUAAAAUGGCUUUGAAAUAUGGGGCUCACUUGGUUCCAGUAUUUUCUUUUGGUGAAAAUGAACUGUUUAAGCAAGUUGCAAACCCCAAAGGAUCGUGGCUUAGAACUUUACAGGAGAGACUGAGGGAGACAGUGGGGUUUACUUUACCACUGUUUUAUGCUAGAGGAAUAUUUCAGUACAGUUUUGGCUUGAUGCCUUACAGGAAACCUAUUCACACUGUUGUGGGGAAACCUAUCACUGUAAAACAGAAUUUGAAUCCUACUCUUGAAGAGGUCGAGCAGCUGCAUCAAACAUACCUGCGAGAACUAAGUAAAUUAUUUGAAGAACACAAAGAUGAAUAUGGGAUACCAGACCAUGAAUCGCUCAUCUUUAAAUAACUGCAAAUUCAGGAUGUCCAGAUGUAAGACAGUGGCCUUUUGAUGAAACAAAACAGUUCUCAAUUUGCAACCACUCUUCUAUAAGAAAACUCUGUGUGUGUUAGAUUAAAUUGAUAGAAUUCCUUCCCACCUUCUUAAUCAUGGAAAAUCCUUCUUCAUUUAGCGUCUGGUCCUGCAAAGCUUCUCUGUGUGAAUGGUCCCUGUGGCUUAAUCAGCACUGAAAAUUGUAAGUAUCUUUCCCACUAGUGGCUUAGCAGCUCUGCUGGUGCGAAUGCUAGUGUAGACAGAACACAGGUGUCUUUACCAUCAUGUGGUCCAGCCCUAGUUUCAGAAGGUGGAGCUGCACUAGUGCUAGAUCAACAGUGGGAAAAGUGUUAGUGUAGACAAGGCCCUUGACUGCAGCAACUUUGUUCUUAUCUUUUACCCAACGAGUGUGUAAUUUAAGAUUAGGGGAUUUACUAAACUUCUAUUCGGUGUGACAUUGAGUUCUCUGAAUACUAAGAAAAACACAUGCUAAUCUUCAGUAGAAAUGAAGCUGUGUGUAUAGAGCUCAUGGCCAUCAAGAACAGAACCUGAAUAUGCAAAACAAUGAAUAGUUUGAGGUUGCUGUCCAAAAUGGGUAGGGUGACCAGACAUCCCGUUUUUAACGGGACAAUCCGGUAUUUAAGCCUUCUUCCAGGUGUGCCAACUUUUUGCUAAAUACGGGCAAAUUGUCCUGUAUUUUCUGGGAUCCCAGCACAGAGCUGCAGUGGGGGGCAGCAAGUGGCUGUGCCCCCACCUUUGCUCUCCCCAACGCAUGCCCACACCAGAGUCUCCCUGCCCUCCUCCUCUAGUGGCAGCAGCAGUGCCGGGGAUGGGCAGCGAGAGCAUGGCCGGAGGGGAGCAGCCCGGUCUCCACUACUCCCCGUUCCCACCCCAGGAAGCAAUGCCGCCAGCAGCUCCCACUUUGCACGGGUCAGUAGCCAGGGCAGGUUGUGCUCCCCAUCCUCUGUACACCUACUGUGCUCUCUGCCAGAGGCUUGGGACAGCCUAUGGGGUUGGGGGUCCCUGCUCAGCUGUGGUGUGAACCCUAAUCCCCUGAAUUAGUAGGAAGGGCUCUGCUGGCCCCCUGGUUGGGGAGCAGGCUGUGAGCAGUAUUUCACCUCACUGCCGACCCCCCAUGCACGUGGGACCCCUAGUGGGGUAAGGAGGAACGUGGGGGGUGGGAGGACGGAGUGGCAAUACUAGCCUUGUGCUGGAGGGAGAGUGGCUCGAGCUGGCCGGCCUGCCCUGUGUGCAGGGAGGUGGGGGGGCGCUUAGACCACCAGCCCCAUGGGCAUGUGUGUGGCGGGGGGCGGGCUUGGACCUGCCUGUGGGCAGGUGAGCAGCAGGAGGAUUGUGGCCGGGCAGCAGAGGGGCUCAGACUGGGAAUGGGGGUUUGCGGGUGGGUAGUGGGGUAGCCUCGGGCAGCCUUGUGCGAGGGGGGUGCUGUGGCAUGGGCCGGCCCAGGGAUUUCCCUUUUUCCCUUUGGAAAAAUAUGGUCACCCUAUAAAUGGGCCCUACUUAAAGUGGUUCACCCAGACUGUAAGAUGAUAUUUAACAGAUUCACCCCUCAUUUUGAAGAGCUGAUAGGGCUUUGUGAGGUUUUAGUAUUGGUUGUGUGUGUGUACAUGUACAUACAUAUGUUGCAUGAUGGGAGAGAGAUAACAGUAAUUUUUAGUAAAGGUUGAAUUUUGGGUCAUGGGUUUCUAAAAUACAAUAACUUUAUAGGAAAAGGCGGUCACCGUUCUGUAAAUAGCUGUUUGUUUGGGAGCUACUUUACCAAGGAGACCUGUAGGAAUCAAACAAUUUUGGCAUGACUAGGCUGUGACUGUUACAAAUGAAUACCAAACUCUUAGGUCAGGCAUCUUUAAGAGAAGGAAAACCUCCCCCAUUUUGCUCAGUACAGUCCUGAAACAUCACUGAGAGAACAUACUUUAGUUUAUACUUCUUUCCAGUGAUGAAAAAGAUUGGAGUCCAGCAGCUAGAGCAAGGGACCAGGAGUCAGAUUCUGAAAUGUUAUUCCUGCUGCUGACUUGCUGUUUCACAGAGCAAGCCAAUUAACUGCCCUGUGCCUCAGUUUCCCCAUCUAAAGUGUCAGGCCCAUUGCACAGGGAGGCAAUAAGGGUUGCCACUUUCUCCUCCCCUUCAGUUGGUUCUCUGAGUGUUGAUCAUGUUGAAAAGCUGCUCUUUCUCUCCACUGCUGCAGCUGCUCAAUAUGUGACUCUACUGGUUGCCUGCCAUUACCUGGAUUAGGAGCAAGACGGGAAGGGAAGGUCUGGCUGCUCUGCUCUAGUUACUACCUACCUGAUUUCUUGCUGGACAGUGCUCAAGGAAAGGAGCUCCAUUAACUCUGUUUGGACCCAAUGAGGGAGGAGAAUGCUUAGCAUAGGAUGUUUCUCCAAUUUAUAGAGCAGUGGCAGCCAAGUUAGGGGAGGAAGAUGAAAAUUGCCCCUCCUUCUCUGUCUUGGGGAGAGCCAGGGAUACAGGAUCAAUUUGCUAGUGUUGGUGGCGCAGCAUUAAUUUUGGGAAUGGAGCGAGGAUGAAUUUUUAGAGAGUGGAGAAGGGGAUCUGUUUCCUGUUGGGGAGGAAGGUAGAAGAUUAAUUUGCUGGGGGAACCUGAGAGGGAGGGUCAAUGUGGUGAGCAGAUGAGGGGAGCAGAGGAUCAGUUGGAUGGGGUUGGCUGUGGAUCAAGGAAUCAGCUCACGGUGGUGAGGGCUGGAGAGAAAGAGAUCCCUCCUCCCCGCUAUAUGUGUACACAUUCCCUGCACCAAACAGUGAUCAACCAGAACUGACAACUGGGCUCUGGGAGUUUAAGAAAUACUGGGUGGGUACCUCUGAAAUGGAGUUAUGAGCAGUAAAACUCCUACAUUAAUCAUGUGUCUUAUUAUCAAAGGGUAAUGACUUAACUGUAGGGACAUAACUCUCACCAGAAAUGACCUUUUGGAACAGUGUGCUGAGCAAAAUAGGGAUGACUUGUACUAAUUAAAUUUUGAAAGAAAAAUCCUGACCACACCAAAAGCCUGCACUGGAAGGAAAAUGGGAUAAUCUAGUGGGCCUUUCCCAAUUUGAAUCAUCAAAAUUUUAUGGGAAUCUUUUUUUUUUUUUAAUCAUGUCCAGAUGAUGGGAAAGUGUAGGCUGCUCCAUUCCCACAAUCUCAGAGCAGUGACAUUCACUUCCAUCCUGUAUGUUGUAUUCAUCCUUCAGAAGAAAGGUUAACACUUCAUGGAUACAUGAAUUUCUCCCUAAUAAAAUGUAAGCCCGCAGGCUCCUAUAUACUGCAGAAUUAGUCUGAUUUAGGUCUCUGUGGUGUUGUUAUAGCAAAAAUGUCCUAAUGAGACAGCAAAAAAGUUGGAGUUGGGCAUGAUCUGAAUGCUGUAAUAUCUCGAUGUCUCGUGGUUUUGUAAGUGUCUAAUCAUCGUGAGCACAAUGUUGGAGUUUAAGCAGAUUGAAGAGACUUUUUUCCCCAUAAAUCAGGCCACAUAUUUGUUACCAAAAUAUGGAUAUUGGAGCCUUACUUUGGGCACCCAUUAUUGAAAAUCUUUGCCUAACUCUCAGGUACCCUAAUGCUUGGGUCCCAAAAAUAAUGAUGUUUAGUGGAAAGAAUUAUAUUAAUUUUUUUAUAUUUAAGAAAGUAAUGUAUAUAUUUGUAAAUGCUUUCCACAUGGAGGAAAGCCUUUGUUUGUAGUUUAGUUGAAAAGAGUUUGCCUCACUGCAAAUAGUUCUCCAACUUGUUGUCAACUGCAACGUAAAUAAGAGCGGACUUUAUUCAUGAGCUCUGACCGGCAGUGCAUGA